GGGUUCUCUUCUGUCCCGUUUUUGAUAUCCAAAGGGGAUAGAUAGGCUGCCGUUGAAAAGUAUCUCCAUGGGUCGUUAGGUAUAAAUUGCAGUCCGUGAGGGUCUGUGAGAGACAGAGAGAGAGAGAGAAAGAAGGGACGAGGGGUUCAAGAGACCCAAUUUAAACAUAGAAAAACCUUCUCUCUCCCCAAUCGCCGUUUGAAAAUGCCUACUCUCACAAGGCUCUACACCAUGCAAGAGGCAGCUCUACACAAUACUAGAGAAGACUGUUGGGUGGUCGUAGAUGGAAAGGUUUACAAUGUGACAAAUUAUUUGGAUGAGCACCCAGGUGGAGAUGAUGUCCUCAUUGCGGCAACUGGGAAAGAUGCAACUGAUGAAUUUGAAGAUGCUGGACAUAGUAAAAGUGCAAGGGAGAUCAUGGAGGAAUAUUGCAUUGGGGAGUUGGAUCCAUCUGCCCCGGCUAUCCCAGAGCUCGAAAUUUAUUCUAAAAACCAAUCAACAGACCCUUUGAAGAAGAUGAUGGAGGUGACUACACAAUACUGGGUUGUUCCAAUAGCCAUUGUUAGUAUCUCUGUGGUAGCUGGCUUUUUGUAUCUGCGCACCAAGUAAAAGCAUGUUCAUUUGCGUUAUAGCAUAUGAAAACUUGUUCAAACAAAUUUUGAGCCAUCAUUGAAAGCUGAACAUGCCCUUUAGCAAUUUCUAGGAAUCGGGCAUCUAUAACACUUCUUAGUAAUACAUCUUUAUAUAUGCCAAGGAUUUAAAAGGAUGGUGUAUAUAUUCAGGACGGAAUAUGCAUACAUUUAUAGAUGUUCGUUGCUGAAA